AUGCCGCCGCCCGCGGGUGGCGAGGACCCCGAGGCCGACGCGGCGCCCUCCUGCAGCGGCAGCGGCUCUGCCGACGAAGCCGACCCGCACGAGCGGGCGCUCCCCAACGGCGACAUCUACACGGGCCAGUGGCGCGGCGCCGUGCCCCACGGCGCCGGCAAGUACCUCUGGGCGGACGGCUGCAUGUACGAGGGCGAGUGGCGCCGGGGCAAGGCCACCGGCCGCGGCAGGUUCUCCUGGCCCUCGGGCGCCACGUACGAGGGCGAGUUCCUCGACGGCUUCAUGCACGGCGCCGGCACCUACGUGGGCGCCGCGGGGGACACCUACCGCGGCGUCUGGGCCAAGAACCUCGAGCACGGCGCCGGCGAGAAGCGCUACACCAACGGUGACCGCUACGACGGCGAGUGGCGCGCGGGGCUCCCCGACGGCUGCGGGCGCUACACCUGGCGCGACGGCACCGAGUACGCCGGCGGCUGGCGCGCGGGGCUCAUCCACGGCCGCGGCGCGCUCGUCUGGGCCAAUGGCAACCGCUACGAUGGCGGCUGGGAGGGCGGCCGCCCCCGCGGGCAGGGCACCUUCCGCUGGGCCGACGGCAGCCUCUACGUUGGCUUCUGGGGCCGCGAGGCGCCCGGAGGCGCCGUCCAUCAGAAGGGCGUCUACUACCCGUCCCCGGCGGCGACGGGCGACUCCCCCCGGGCGCGCGACCCGAGGGACGUGUUCGCACGGGACCUACCGGAGUGCGUGCGCUCCGGAACCGAGGCCCAAUCAGCGCUCACGUCUCUGAGAUCCCUCAAAUGGCUGAUGCGGUCGGUCAGCGGGCGCGGCAGCUCGUCGCCUGGCCGGAGCAAUGGCUCGGGAGGCAGCCUCGUGCACUUCUGGGGGUCGGACGGGGAGGUCAAGUGCGACCUUGGGGACGACUGGAGACGGCGGAGCGUCAGAGAAGGGAGGGGGCUGCCACCACCGGCGCCCGCUCUGGCUCCACACCUCCCCAUCCCCAACGGCGCGCCCCUGCGGCUGUCCAAGAGGCAGGGGAUGACCAUUGCCAGAGGGCACAAGAACUACGAGCUAAUGCUCAAUCUGCAGCUCGGGAUCAGGCAUGCAGUAGGAAGGCAAGGUCAAGUUUUAUUAGACCUGAAAUCAUCAGCAUUUGAUCCAAAAGAGAAAAUGUGGACAAAAUUCCCUCCUGAAGGCUCAAAAUAUACCCCUCCACACAAUUCUUGUGAUUUCAAAUGGAAGGAUUACUGCCCAAAGGUGUUCCGGACACUCCGUAAGCUGUUCAAGGUUGACCCAGCUGACUAUAUGUUGUCCCUCUGUGGAGAUGAUGCUCUUCGUGAGCUCUCAUCCCCUGGCAAGAGUGGAAGCUUCUUUUACUUGACGAAUGAUGAUCGUUACAUGAUAAAAACAAUGAAGAAAGCUGAAGUGAAGAUGCUUCUGAGGAUGCUUCAAGCUUACUACAAUCAUGUCCGUGCAUUUGAGGAUACCUUAGUGACAAAGUUCUUUGGCCUACAUUGUGUGAAGUCUGGAGCACACCAGAAGAAGGUUCGUUUUGUGAUAAUGGGAAAUUUGUUCUGCUCUGAUCAUACUAUCCAUAGGCGAUUUGAUCUGAAAGGAUCAUCUCUUGGCCGUAUAACUGACAAGCCACCAGCAGAGAUUGAUGAGUAUACAACUCUGAAAGACCUUGAUCUUAACUUUAUCUUUCGGUUACAGAAACAUUGGUACCAAGAGUUUCAAAGGCAAGUGGACAAGGACUGUGAGUUCCUCGAGCAGGAGAAGAUUAUGGAUUACAGUCUAUUGGUGGGUGUACAUUUUAGAGGUGCCAUUGACAUUGAUGGUGACAAACCUGCAACACCUCGCGUUUCAAGAUGGGACAGGGAUCAUUUUCGUUCUGAUCCAAAUAGGUGGUCAAAAAUUAAACUUGGCGCAAACAUGCUGUCAAGAGCUGAACUAACAGUCCGAAAGAAGGAUAGUGAUGUUUUUGGAGAACCAACUGGGGAGUACUGUGAUGUUAUCUUAUACUUUGGGAUUAUAGACAUACUUCAAGACUAUGAUAUUGGCAAAAGGCUAGAGCAUGCCUACAAAUCUUUUCAAUACGAUUCAACAUCCAUUUCAGCGGUUGAUCCAAAACAGUACUCCAGGCGCUUCAAAGAUUUCAUAUACAAAGCUUUCCAAGAAGAUAAAGGCGAGACUAUAGCCAAGGGCCACAAGAACUACGAGCUCAUGCUCAACCUGCAGCUCGGCAUCAGGCACGCAGUAGGAAAGCAAGGUCCAAUUACGCUUGAUCUUAAGUCAUCAGCUUUUGACCCGAAGGAGAAAGUAUGGACAAGGUUCCCUCCGGAAGGCUCAAAAUACACCCCUCCACACAGUUCGUGUGAUUUCAAAUGGAAGGAUUACUGCCCGCAAGUAUUCCGGACAUUGCGCAAGUUGUUCAAGGUUGAUGCCGCAGACUAUAUGCUCUCUCUUUGUGGAGACCAGGCUCUCCGAGAGCUCUCAUCUCCUGGUAAGAGUGGAAGCUUCUUUUAUCUCACAAGCAAUGACCAGUACAUGAUAAAGACGAUGAAGAAAUCUGAAGUGAAGAUAUUUCUGAAGAUGCUUCGAGCUUAUUAUAAUCAUGUCAGAUCAUUUGAGAACACUCUCGUUACAAAGUUUUUUGGUCUUCACUGUGUCAAAUUAGCUGGAGCUAACCAAAAGAAGGUUCGUUUUGUCAUAAUGGGAAAUCUAUUCUGCUCCGAUUACUCUAUUCAUAGGCGAUUUGACCUGAAAGGUUCAUCCCUUGGACGUACAACUGAUAAGCCACAGACAGAGAUUGAUGAGUACACUACUCUGAAGGAUCUUGAUCUCAACUUUAUAUUUCGAUUGCAAAAACAUUGGUACCAAGAGUUCCAAAGACAAGUCGACAGGGACUGCGAGUUUCUGGAGCAGGAAAAUAUCAUGGAUUAUAGUCUUCUGGUUGGUGUACAUUUUAGGGAUACUAGGGAUAGGCUAUUGACCGGAGGUUCAUUUGAUAGUGACAGCAGCAGAGGAUCGUCGCCUCACUUGUCUAGAGGAGAUACGGAUCCAAACAGGUUAGCCAAGAUAAAACUUGGGUCAAACAUGCCGACAAGAGCUGAACGGACAAUAAGAAAGAGUGACUGUGAAGUGCAGAUUAUGGGAGAGCCUACCGGGGAGUUCUACGAUGUCAUACUAUAUUUUGGGAUCAUAGACAUACUCCAAGAUUACGAUAUCAGUAAAAAGCUUGAGCAUGCGUACAAGUCUUUCCAAUAUGACCCAACAUCCAUUUCGGCAGUCGAUCCAAAGCAGUACUCGAGACGCUUCAGAGAUUUCGUAUUCAAAGCGUUCCAAGAAGACAAGUUCGAUUUGUGA